AACGCGGAUUGUUUUGUUUUUAUUUGACCAAUAUUUUAUUCGUUGAGCAGGUGGGACUUUAAAAGCGCUCCGGGGAGACACACGUCCCUUCUGCUCCAGGAAAAAGUGUGAUCAAACCCCGGAAUGAAGUUGUUUUCCUCCGGAAGACAAUAGAGGAGGGACGCGCUCGGCUGGAUGGAGUUGGGAAGAAGCAGUUUGUUGUGAGAGUUUCUCUCCGCGGCGGUUCGAGCAUCAUGGGCAGUUUCAGGGGUUUUCUGAGCUCGGGUCUGGUUCUCCUGGUUCUGGAGCUGAGUCUGGUGAGCUGCGACAUCACGGACGGGAACGCGGAGCAUCUGAAGCGGGAGCACUCGCUGAUGAAGCCGUACCAAGGUGUUGGCAGCAGUGCGAGCAGUCAGUGGGAUUUCUGGGGAAGCACGUUGGUGACUGGCUCAUAUGUCCGACUCACCUCAGAUGAGAGAAGCAAGCAGGGAUCCAUCUGGAACACUGUGCCCUGUUACCUGAAGGACUGGGAGAUGCACGUGCAGUUUAAAGUUCAUGGGUCAGGAAAAAAGAAUCUCCAUGGCGAUGGCAUCGCCAUCUGGUACACAAAGGACAGACAGCAUCCAGGCCCUGUGUUUGGAAACCAAGAUCAGUUUCUUGGCCUGGCUCUUUUUUUGGAUACCUUCCGCAAUGACCUCCAUGGAAUGGAUCGUUCCUUCCCGUUCAUUUCAGCCAUGGUGAACAAUGGCUCGGUGAGUUACGACCACGGUAAAGAUGGACGGUCGUCUGAGCUCGGGGGCUGCUCGGCUGAGAUCAGGAACAGGGAGCACGACACGUACCUCGCCAUCCGCUACUCGAAUGGACGACUCACUGUGAUGGUUGAUGUCGAUGACAAGAAUGAGUGGAGGGAGUGCAUUGACAUCGGAGGAGUUCGUCUUCCCACUGGAUAUUACUUUGGUGCCUCAGCAGCCACAGGAGAUCUGUCUGAUAACCAUGACAUCAUCUCCAUGAAGCUCUACCAGCUGAUGGUGGAACACACACCCGAGGAGGAGAACCUGGACUGGACGAAGAUCGAGCCCAGUGUGAGUCUGCUAAAGUCUCCUAAAGACAACAUCGACGAUCCUACCGGGAACUUCCGGGGCACGCCCCUCACGGGCUGGAAGGUCUUUCUGCUUCUGCUGUGCGCUCUGCUGGGGAUCGUAGUGUGCGCCAUGGUGGGAGCUGUGGUUUUCCAGAAGAGACAGGAGAGGAACAAGAGGUUUUACUGAGGAGGGAGGAGGGAAGAGGGAGAACCGCCUUGUCGCUGAGGUGUUUGUUGUGGAAUGAACUGUUUCCAGAUGACAGAGCACAUUCAAUGUGAAUUCUUUUUCUAAAGAUUGUACAAAUGUUUAUAUCUUUCGAAGCACUGCGUUGAGAGUGAAUUUCGCCAGCUUGUGAUGUUGGUGAGACGGUGCAGAACAAGUGGCUCCUUCCAUAAGUGACCCUGAUCAAUGCUGUUUUUUGUUUUCCAUGUCUUUGUGUUUAUUCAUGGAAGCAUCAUAAUAAGUUUACCGUCAUUCACAACAUUUGCACUCUUGAGUUUUUGCAGAUUCUUUAAUGAUUGUGUUUUCACCUGCUCAUUGAUUCUUCAGCCAUUCUCUGCAGUUCUCUGCUCCAAGUGUGAUCCUACAAAAAUUAUGAAGUUUGGCAUCAAGCCGUCAUUUAGUUUUUUAUUUUGUUCUUUUUAAACAUAGAGUGUAAAUAAAGAUGGACCACGUGUCUCCACUUCCUCCCACUUUUUAGAGACGACACCAAAACAUCCCAGAAACAAACGCCGCCAUCUUGCCCUCGCGUGACAUUUGGAGCCAGAGUCUGCACAGUCCCAAGUCGGUCUCAGCUGUCGGUCCAAAUAACUCGGUGAUGCGCUGUGACGUGUUAUUUUUCUGUCAGUCCAAAGGAAAAAGAUUUGACUGAAGUAUUGACUGAUUUCUCUCUUUGUGUGGCUGUUGCUCUCAUUUAGAAAAUCAAUUGUUGCUGAUUCUGAAUCGUUCGCAUUUUGAAGUAAAUUAGAGUUAAUUGAAAUGAUGCACAGCACGUUCUCCAGGUGAGAAAAAUUAGAAAGUAGCCGUUGAGGAAGAUUGAUUUUCUGUACGUACACAACUGUACUCAGUGCUUAUUGAUCAUCAUUUCUUUAAUUUUGAAAUGGCAGGAGAAAUAUAAAGAAGCAAGGCUCAUCUGUCAGACCUGUAACGUCUUUGAUAAAGUUUGGUUUUUUAUUGGA